AUGGCUGUUUUAUCAUUUCUUCCAUGGUCACCUAUUACUCCUAUAAUUCAAAUUCUUCCUUUACUAAUUGUGCUAGCUGUUUCAAUGCUAAAAUCUGGUAUCGAAGAUUUGAUGAGAUAUAGAAAUGAUAUUCGCGAAAAUUCAAUUAUAUAUGACGUUUUUGAUAGGAAAACAACAUCAUUCGAGAAGAAAAAGAGUAUGGAUAUUAAGCCAGGUGAUAUCAUAAGAAUUACAAACGAACAGCAAAUUCCAUCAGAUGUUGUAAUAAUAGGUGUCUCGUCGAAUGAUGGAAUAUCUUACAUUAACGAAGUAAAUCUUAACGGUGAAACUGCUUUGAAGCAAAAAAGAUGUUUGUUUGGAACAAGACAGCCUACUCCAGAAUUUCAAGCUGAAGUAAGAGUGCCAAAACCAAAUCAAGACAUUUUGAAAUUAGAUGGCAACCUCAAAGUUGACAAUCAUAAUUUUCCAUUUUCUAUUAAGAAUUGUUACCUGAGAGGCAGUGUCCUUAUGCACACUUCUUGGGCUUUGGGUGUUGUUUUAUAUUCCGGCCAUGAUACUAGAAUCAUUCAGAAUCAAAGAAAGGCCCCUCAUAAAACUUCAGUUCUAGAGCAUAGACUUAACCAAUUAACAAUUGCAAAUUUCACAAUAAUGUUUAUAUUUGUAUUUUUGAUGACAAUUUUAGCCGUUCAUGAUGAAAAACACCUUGAUUUUGCAUGGGUUGUGAAAAUUGAUAGCAUGGUCUCUUCAUUUUUCCAAAAUUUUAUUGCGAAUGCGAUUUUACUCAGUUAUUUAAUUCCAAUUUCCCUUUACGUCACCAUCGAAGUGGUCAGAUUCUUCCAGAGAUGGAUAUUUGGUAUUGAUUUAGGCAUGUGCGAUUCAGAACUUGGAUAUUCUCAAGUUCAUAACUCAAAUUUGAAUGAAGACCUUGGUGUCAUAGACCAUAUCUUCUCAGAUAAGACAGGUACGCUUACAGAAAAUAAAAUGGACUUGGUUAGCGCUUAUAUAAACAAUACAAUUUAUGAUCUUAAGAAUCCUACCGAAAAAACCAAGCAAGAAGCAACGCAUGGACCAUUGCUACCACUUUUAAUCAACAUUGGCAUAUGCAACUCUGUUGUCCUUACAAACAAUGAGAUUUCUAGUGAAUCUCCAGACGAAGAAGCCUUAGUCAAGAAGGCUGGCGAACUGAAUGUGAAGCUUACAGAUAAAAACCUUGAGUUUACCACGCUUUCAAUAGCUGGAAAUGAUGAAAAAUUUAGAUUAUUAACUUCAAUCGAUUUUACAUCAGCAAGGAAGAGGAUGUCUGUACUUGUCAGAGAUAAGGAUGGUAUUAUAACUUUAUACUCUAAAGGAGCAGACUCCAUAAUGCUUGGAUUAUUGAAAAAAGAUCAAGAUCCGAGCCAAUUGCAGAAAAUUGUGGAUGACUAUGCAAAUAAAGGUCUUAGAACCCUUGUUAUGUGCAAAAGGGUUGUAACCGAGGAAGAAUAUGCAGCUUGGAAGGAAGAAUACGAUGCUUCUUUUGUUGCAUUAGAAAAUAGAGAUGAAAAUGUUGCUGCAGCUGGUGCAAAGAUUGAACACGAGUUUGAGUUAAUCGGUGCUGUGGCAAUUGAAGAUGCAUUGCAGCCAGAUGUUGGACCAACAAUUGCAUUCCUAUCUAGAAUGGGAAUUAAUCUUUGGGUUUUAACUGGUGAUAAAAAAGAAACCGCAAUUUCUAUUGGAAAGAGUACUUGUGUUAUUUCCAAAGACUCAAAGAUUAUCAGUUUUGAUGAACCAGAUAAUAAGGAUUCUGUUUUCCAAGAAGUUCAACGGGAAAAUAAAAGUGUUCUUGUCAUUGGCCCUUCAGCUUUAGAGAGUGUCUUUGACACCGAUUUCCUUCCAAACAUUAGUGAGUUCUGCAAAAGCGUUAUUUGCUACAGGAUGUCUCCUUCAAAUAAGGCUCGUGUUGUAGAAACAAUGAGGAAAUUUACCACAAAAAGAUGUCUUUCUGUUGGAGAUGGAGCCAACGAUGUCUCCAUGAUUCAAGCAGCUCAUGUCGGAAUUGGUAUUUUUGGAAGAGAAGGUCACCAAGCAGCGUCAAUUUCUGACUUUGCAAUUACAAGAUUCAAACAUCUCAAAAGAUUGUUAGCUGUACAUGGAAGAUUAUCGCUUGUUCGCAUAUCAGGAACAAUCCUGUAUAUGUUUGCAAAAAAUAUCGUCCUGAUUUUCCCUCAGGUUUGGUUCAGCUAUUUCACAAAAUUCUCCCCUGUUACUAUUUAUAACGACUUUCUUCUUACAACAUACAACAUGGCAUGGACAGCUCUCCCUCCUCUGAUUUACGGAAUGUUCGAGCAAGAUGUGUCACCUGAAAGUAUGUUAAAAUACCCACAUAUGUACGCAGAAGCUCGCGCUGGAAGAUACAUGAGCUGGUGGCGAAUUAUGCUGGAAAUGUUAUGCCCUUUGUAUCAGUCUGUUAUCAUUUUUGUGUUUUGUUUUUACCUUCCGACAACAGUGAUUUCAGAUCCUUAUAAUAUUUCUAGUGACUUUGCAUGUUGUGGAUUCAUUUCAUUCUUCGCUGUUAUCCUGGUUUCGAACAUACAAUUGGCAAUUCGGUCACACCACUGGAAUUAUUACAUAUUCUUAAGUAUUUACUUAUCAGUAUUCAUUUUCUUGCUAUUUUCCAUUGCUUAUGCGGCUUUUCCAACGCUUUUCCCGCUGAUAUUCGGAGUUCCUCAACAAGUAUUAACAACUUGGCAAAUGUAUAUCAAUCUCUUGAUCGCACUUGUCCUAUGCUUGCUGCCAGAGCCCAUAUUCAGAUAUUUGAAAGCUCUUUGGUUCCCUUCAUAUUCACGUUUGAUUCGUGAAGGUGAAAUCUUUCAAGAAAAGGAAAGAAAUAUAAUGAGAGCAAAGCUUAAAUCCUUAUAA